GGAAACAAUAAUGCAAGUUUUGCUUGUUUACUCGACAACAUUUACUUAGUAUUGUUCAUACAGGUAAAAAAAAGCUUUUAAGCUGACCCGGUUCUCUUUGCUUGUUUUGAAUUAUCGACUAAAUAUUUAGGCAUGGAGCCAUUAUCACAUAAAUACCCUUGACUCUCCACUUCCUGUUGUAUGCUUCAUGUUGCAUUGUCAUUUUUCUCACCAAUCUCGCAAAUCACCCACCAUCAUGGUUAUCUUGCACCAGCACAUAUCUGCAGCCAGUCUGCUUUCAGCACUGGUAAUAAUAAUGGCUGUGAGCAGUAUCGCACUCUAUUGUUUCAGCCCAGAUGCUGUAGACGCAGGCAGUGUGCCAAAAAACAAAAUGCAAGUAGCAGCAACAAGAACCCGUUUUGAUGCGUAUCUACAACAGAUUCAUCAAGACCGAUACUCCAAUAUUACAAGCGGUACUGGUCGGAUAUUUGUGGCUGCGAAUCUUUACAACAGCGAGCGAGUGCUGGCAAACAUGGCGGCGCAGCUUCUCGUGUUGGCGGAUAUUAUGGGCAGCGACCGCGUGUUUAUAUCAAUUUACGAAAACGGAUCCACGGACAAAACCAAAGAUAUCUUGCUAACCCUUCGGUACAAUCGGGUGGUAUUUCUCAAUGACAUUUUUUUUUGCCUACCGGAUAUCUUUGAGCUGCUGCACCAAUCGCGGGUGCACAGCGCCCACCUGACAUGCGCCGAAGACUUUGAAAUACAACAUGGCGCGCUAGCAUUCUACGAUACAUGGGUUUCGCGCGAUAUCCUUGGGCACGCAUUCAAGAGCAGGUACCAGGAGAUAGCUCAAGACGGCAAUGCAUUGGUUUCUCAGUUGUACAACCGGCCGUUCCAGGUACAGUGCUGCUGGAAUGGCCUGGCUGUUAUAGACGCACGUGUUUUCGAGGGACCGGCUGCCAUCAGGUUCCGGCGCAGUGCACCUAAGGAGUGCUCGGCUUCAGAGUGCUCCUUGCUAUGCAACGAUUUGUGGGCAGCUGGGUACAAACGCGCAGUGGUUGUUCCCAGGGUCAAAGUGUCCUAUGAUAUAGCUACACGGGACCAGCUGAGACAGCCUGUUUAUUUUCCGCACGAUGCACCGUUCUCAGACCAGAAUCACCCGCCAAAAGUUGAGUUUAAGCCUGGUCCAAAAGCAGUGUACUGCCAUCCGCUCAACAACCCCGGUUCUAGGACUCCCGACGGACCAGCGUCGUUCGUUGCGCUUGAAUCGGGAACUCAGGAUGAAUCGAUUUAAUUUUUCAAUGAACAUUUUCAAAACGGUUAUAUCACGUGCGACCAAUGUUUUAAUCUUGAUGUAAUUGUAAUUUUUAGCUGGAUUAAAAAUAUUCUAGU